GACUCGUUCGGUCGUCGACUCUACACAUUUAUGUUUUUAUCGGUCUACCCGCUGCCGCCAAUCUGAAAUUUUAUUCUCUAGGAAGUGAUUUUUUAACACCAUAAUACAUCUAUAUUCUAUAUUUUGAUUUUCCAAUUGGUAAUAAGUAAUUGCUCAGAGGCGAGUAUAACUACAAUCAUUAUUCAUUAUUAUCUCAUAUAUUCUUAUAAAUUUUAAACGUUAUCAUCACGGGAUUCGAGAAGUACGGGAAGCGUUGGUCAUCUAACUUCACGCCCGCCGCUAAUAAUUACUCAUUCAAUAUUUGUAUUUUGUACAUUAUUAGUAGUGACAACUGAUAAAUGACAAUAUGAAUUGAUUCUGAAGUGAUUCAUAAUAAUAUACGAUAUACCAUAGACUUAUAAAUUUAACCAUAUUUAUAUGUCCAUAUAACAUACCAAAUUAGUCUUUUCGGUAAUUUUAUUUCUACGAUUUUUCGCCAAUUACGAUGGACGAUGAUAUUCAAACUUGGUGGGAGAUACCGAGUAUUGUACAUUUUUGUAAUACUCUUGCCCUUGUCACUAAAGAUAUCAGUCGAAUAAACAUAAAUGAAUUUGAAAAUGCAGUUGAAGAGAAUUCAUAUAUGUUGACUGAUAUGGCUAUCCGAUUUACAAAAAUUUGUGGUUAUUUUGAUCCAAACACAAAUAAAUGGUGGAAUUUUAUGAAACGAAAAUUUUUGAGUAAAUGCACUAUUUACAACUUUAAAUAUUCACUUGAUUCAGCAAUAUAUUUUGAUGAUUUAACACGAAAACAAAAAGUUGAAACUCUUUACAUCUAUUGCAAUUUUGUUCUUGAUGUUAAGUAUAUUCAAAAUAAAAUCUCCAUUAAUUCUGACAUAUGGCACAUGUUAAACAUAAAACCAUUAGGUUAUGACCUAAAUAAAUCAGUAUAUUGGUAUUUUGGUACCAAUAAAUUAUAUAGAGAAGUUUUUGAGAACUCAUUUGAUCUAUCUACUGGCUUACCAGUAGAUUGUAAUCUCCAUGAAGUAAUGCCAUAUGAACCUUAUCCAUCAGGAGUUUUUGGCUCAGGAAAAUGGAAUACAAUAUGUGAUAAUAUCAACAGUUGGCAGUCAUUAGCUGAUAAUUUUAAAUACAGAUCAAAUGUAAAUGUAAAAAAAUUACAUAAAGCAAUAUCUGAUAUUAUAAUAAAUCUUCCCAUAGUUAAGAGAAAAAAAUUCCAUUAUGAGUACAUAAAACCUAAAGAGACUUUAAGAAGUUUAUAUGGAAGAACUCUUCGAUCUAUGGGUGUCACAGAUGCUGAAAAAAAAUUGAUUUCAAAUUCUAAUGUUAUUCAGCAAAAACAAUACUCACAAAAUGUUAUGGAAAACCAAAGCAAACAUAAAUAUAAUUCAACGGUUUCUCAAAGGAAUGAAACAUCUAAUCUUAACAUACAAGACCAAAACCAAAAUAUUUCAUACCCUUCAAAUGUGUUUGACAAUGAUAUGAAUAACGUAAAUGCUAAUGACUGUGAUCAAGAAAAUAAUCAUAAUUUAAAUGACUUAAAACGUAGAUUAAGAUCUUCAACAAAUAGAACUCUAACACCGCCAUUCAAAAAUUUAAAUUAUUACUCCUCUGAAACAUAAUUUAUCUGUUUAUCACUUUAAUUUAGUUUUACGUUUAUAAAAUUAAUAUAGUAAGAUAGGAAAUACUUAAUUUGUAUUCAUUAAUAUUGAUUUCUUUGAAAUCUUGUUUGAAAAUUUAAACUCUAUGAGAAAAAAAUGUUGCUUUAUUUUUGCAUGAUAAAUUAAGAUGAUAUUCUAUAUGUACGUAUUCAUUUUUUGCCUAGUAAAUAAAAUAAUUCACAAUUUUGUCUCUGUACUCGGUACUCUUAUAUUCUAUUCAACAUGUGGACUUUAAUCUGCAGCCAACUUGUUGUGUGGAUGUGGCUUCGUUUCAAAGCACUGGACUUGGGCUGUGAUUCGGUGGGGAAAGCAAAUGAAAACUUGUCACCACCAACUACCAACUCUUUAUAUAUGAUAUAUAUAAAACUGAUUUUACAAUAUUUGAUUAAAAUUUAUAAACAUUUA